GCUUUCGACCACGUGACCAAAACAUAAUCAUGGCGGCCUCAGCGACUGUCCGGUCGAGCAUGGGACUGACUUUGAGACUUUCUCGAGUUAUACCGGACUGUAGCACAUGUCCCCUGUACAGGCUAAAGAGCUGUGGGAACAGUGCAGCUAAUUUACAAAGGGGAGGCUCCUUCGAUAGUUUCCGAACGAUUAAUCGACAUUUGCAGACGAGUAUAGGUCUUUACCACAGUGAGGAGGGGAGCUCCAACGCAGAGGACCCAGACGAUGUGGUCAAUGUGGUGUAUAUAGAUCGGUCCGGCCAGAGGAUCCCAGUUAAGGCCAAAGUGGGAGACAAUGUUCUUUACUUGGCGCACAAGAAUGGAAUUGAACUUGAAGGGGCCUGUGAGGCAUCUCUUGCCUGUUCAACAUGUCAUGUUUAUGUCAGUGCUGCUCAUUUUGACAAACUGCCAGAGCCUGAUGAGAGGGAGGAUGACAUGCUGGACAUGGCGCCCAUGCUUCAGGAGAACUCCCGGCUGGGAUGUCAGAUCAUUCUCACUCCAGAGCAUGAAGGCAUGGAGCUGACUUUGCCCAAAGUCACCAGGAACUUCUACGUGGACGGCCACGUUCCCAAACCUCACUGAGAAGAGGCACAUAUGAUGGAAGAAGGGGGAUCGGAGCAAAAUGAGAGGGUGUCGCUGCAAGCUAGAUACCAUGUGUGCUGGUUGAGUGAGGGGGCAACCACGAAGAGACGCUCAGCGAGGAUAGUAAAAUCCGUAGCAACUCCCAAGAUGUCUUGCUGACUGACAAAUUCCACACUUACAACCAAUGACAGGACAGGGCUGCAGAUGAGAUCAGACAGUCAGACUCAAAUCUCACUCAAAGUGAAAUUAAUGGUUACUUCCAAAAAAAAAAAAAAAGAAGAAAACUGUGAUGUUUUAACCGACAACGUAUUUAUUUAUGUGGAGUGUUCUCAGGUCAGCAUUAUCACCAUUCAAUCUCACAGACUGUUCUUUGUUAAAACACCAGGGGGAGUUAAAAGACAUUCAUGUUUGUGUUGCAGAGCAGGUUUUUUUUUUUUUAACAAAGUCCAUCUUUGUGCCAUUGAAUGGAACAUUCCUUGUUACAGCUCAUAUACGCACAAGUAUCACAAGACGAUGUUCUUAGUCAUUACAGCCAGUCCAUAAUUAUCACCCUUUUUCACAUGUCAGAUAUUGUAUGCAUAGCAUUUACUUCAUUUUCAUGUACCAAGUUCAUUUGUAGGUUUUGUGAUGGCUCAAUAAGUACAUGCUGACUGUAGUUUCAGGCAACUCAGACAUUUACUGAAGCUCAGAGAGUGGGUGCUUAAAGCAAAAUAUAGACUGUUAAAUCUUACAUUUCACUUACUAUAAACAUGUCAUAAAACACUCAAGGGCCUCAGCUCAUAACCUUUUGCUUGAAGUGUUGGAUAAAACUGAUUUUUAAAAAAAAUAAUUAUCACAAGAGGAAGAACAGUUUGAGCAUUUAAAAAAAAAUCAUUAUCACAGGAAAGACUUUUUUUGUCUAAUGCUCACGGUGCUGUUAUGACCCAGCACUUCCUCUCUGGUGACUGAUUAAGGCUUGAUUAGUUCAUGUGGUUCAGCUGUGCUUGGAUGGAAGUGGAGCCCAGUAGGUUUGUUAAGUUGAUGGGCUUCACGUUACCAUGGAACGAGUUUACCACACUUACCAUUUACUUGUUAAGUCUACUGUACUGGUCCAAUU